GGACAAAGAAACUUUUUUUUUGUAAUUUCAUUUCUUUUCGAUUUUAUUAGUCCAACCGCUUAGGUUCGUCAUCUGUGUGAUUCAUUUCAAUAAAAUUGUCAAAUCUUUCUCGAAUAACAAAAUUGUCGACCCUAGCAGGAAGUCUUUCUUUUCAUUUCUGAUUUUUAAGAUUUUGUUUCCUUAUCUGGUUUUUAGAACUAUUAAAGUGAGCAUAAGACAGAUUGACUUUUAAAUUUAUUCGCACCAAUUAUGGAAAUGAAAACACUUGCAUUUGGAUUGUUAAUCGCUUAUGCUGGUGUGGUGAGCGGACAAGAUGAUUCACUAACUGGUGGCUUUUUGUCAGGACUACUGGAUACGUUAACCAGCACAGCGGAUUCUAAAGAUUGUCCCGGUGUAUGUGUUCACACACUGGCCACGAUUAUUUGCUAUGAGGUUCUGGAAAAUGUACCCUGUCCUUCACCUAGUAUGAAAUGUUGUGUGGAAAGUAGUUCCGCUAAUGCCAGUUCAGCAUAUCGGCCAGAAACAACGGUAGCAACCAGACCGCCAACCAGACCCAGUACUAUAAAAACAACAUCGAGGCCUGUGACCACACAAAAAUAUGAGGAAGACGAUGAUGACGGAGAUGAAGCCGAUACUAAUGAUACCGAAGAAAAUGCGAAAGAUGGAAAUUGUAAGGGAGUUUGUGUACCCGACAAUAUUGCAGAAUAUUGCGAAUCAUAUCUCAUCACGCCUGGACUGUGUAAACCGCGAACGAAAUGUUGCGUUUCUCGUGACGACUAUCCCGAUAAGGUUCCAGCUGAUUUUCGAGUUCCGCUACAUGGAAAACCAUCGACACAAAAACCAAUUGUGAACACCACUGAGAGUGUGAAGGAAAAUGUGAGGCCAUCAAAACCACCGCAAUCAACCACAUCGGAACCACUUCGACCAAAAACUAAUCCUCCUACCAGACCGUCAAAGCCACCAACGGCUCGACCGCAGCAAAUAGUUCAACAGUCGGAUGAACACACAAGCAACAAACCGAAACAAUGUAACGGUUCUUGUGUCAGUGGAUUGUUCGCUUUGUUCUGUGAUGAUAUUGACGAAAAUGCUUUUUGUCCUGGAGACGGAACAUGUUGUUUAAACGGUGGCAGUGACAAUAAAGUUCAGACUACAACAACAGCUCGACCUACUACACCGGCUCCUCUACCCAGAUGUCCCGGAUUUUGUCUGUUGAACAUCAUGGCUGCAUUCUGCGAACGUCCCUCAGUUAUCAUUCCUAAGACAUCCAACUGUAACAAAGGUUCGGUUUGUUGUGAUAACAGUCGAAUUGCAUCGACGCAAAAGCCUAGACCGCAACCCACACGACCCACAUCACCGCCGACGACAACAUCUCCACCAGAUCCGCGAGAAGAAUGUCCUGGCUCAUGUAUCGUUAGUUUACUGAGCUUUACGUGCUUCCGAAACGCUGAAAUGACCGAUUUGUUCAAAUGUAAAAAAUCUGGUACUCAGUGUUGUGCGCCGAAAACUCGUAUUCAAGAAGUGCAAGUUAGAAAUGACACAGUUCCAGGCUUCGUUAGUAAUCCACAGAUGCAACAAAACGUCCCACAGUACAUGGCUAACAAUAUUUACAAUCCAGUUCCCAGCCCACUACCGCCACCAUCCACACCAGGUAAUAGUAAAGAGAACAACAUUUUUGGCUCAUUGGUUACUAAUAUCCGAAUAUUCUCAGUGCCAUACGAGACUUCACCAGUUCCGGCAGCACCAACAACUCGAGCUCCAGUUUACUCGAAAUAUGUUUGUGGCGUUAAGGGAACAAGUCGAAGUUCAAGGAGUGAUCCAUUAAGGAGUCCACCAUAUGCACGCCGAGCUUCACGGCAAUUAAAUUAUGAAAUUCCCAGCAAAACAUCGGAACGACUUAUUUUAGGCAGUGCCGUCAUACCCAUCCAAAUUCAUAACGACAUUCUUGGCAAUUUUACGAACAACGACAGCAACGCCAUCACAGAAAUGGAAUCUUCCAUGACUUCCGUCCUGGCGCAAAACAUUCAUGUCAAUCAAAAUUAUUCAAGUUACAGUCGGAAAGGAAGGGUUGUGGGUGGGGAGGAUGGCGAAAACGGAGAAUGGUGCUGGCAAGUGGCUUUGAUCAACUCGCUGAAUCAAUAUUUGUGUGGAGCCGCACUUAUUGGAACUCAAUGGGUUCUCACAGCAGCGCACUGCGUAACGAACAUUGUUCGGUCUGGCGAUGCUAUUUAUGUUCGAGUUGGUGAUUAUGACUUGACUAGGAAAUAUGGAAGCCCUGGUGCACAAACGUUACGUGUUGCUACCACAUACAUUCAUCACAACCACAAUAGUCAGACACUGGACAAUGAUAUCGCAUUACUGAAGUUACAUGGUCAAGCUGAGCUACGAGAUGGAGUUUGUUUGGUUUGUUUGCCAGCUAGAGGAGUCAAUCAUGCCGCAGGAAAACGUUGCACAGUUACUGGAUAUGGGUACAUGGGAGAAGCUGGCCCGAUUCCACUGAGAGUUCGUGAAGCUGAACUGCCUGUUGUCAGUGACGCUGAAUGCAUACGUAAAGUGAAUGCUGUGACUGAGAAAAUUUUCAUUUUACCGGCUAGUUCGUUUUGUGCUGGCGGAGAAGAAGGAAACGACGCAUGUCAAGGCGACGGAGGUGGUCCAUUGGUUUGUCAAGACGACGGUUUCUUUGAAUUGGCUGGUUUAGUAUCGUGGGGCUUUGGAUGUGGUAGAAUUGAUGUUCCAGGUGUUUAUGUUAAAGUUUCAUCGUUCAUCGGAUGGAUCAAUCAAAUUAUUAGCGUAAAUAAUUUGUAGAGUGUGUGUGCUUACUGCAGAAGCUGUUUUUGUUACACGCUUUCUUCCCAGUCUGCUUCUGCCCAGUCUAUUCAUUAAAAAAAAAAAAACAAGAACUUCAAAAUUAACGACUUUCCACGACUCGUGAAGAUAGAAAACUUUGACUGAAUUUGAUGCGAAUCAGUUGUGUGUUACUUGGUAACCAUAAAACUUUAUGUUAUAGCCAAUUAGAGGAGGAGUUAUGCGUUUGUCUUUCGCUUUAUCGAUUAGGUUUUUAAUUUAUUUAAUUUAAUUUUCUCUUAUUAAAGUUAAGCAAAAAACAACAAACACAAUUAAGUUAUGUGACCACCUGUAAAUAUUAAAGAUUCUACAAUAAAAAUUAAACAAAAGAAUUGAGCCAGACUCUGCUGGAAUUUUA